AUGGAUAAAUAUGAUUUAUCUGUGACACAUUCCACAGAGUUUGUGGACAUAGAUGGAGUGUCCUACUUUCCUAGUUCCAAGAAAAUCAUUAUUUCUGACUUAUGGACAAACGAGAAGAAACUUGAGAUUACUUCAAACAUAUUUCCUUUGAACCUAUAUGCAAAACUGAAAAGGUCAGAGAUGGCAUCCAAUUUAGAUUUUCACAAGGCUCAGCUGAAAAAUGGGACUGAAGUCACUGUGUUUAUCUUAACAGGCUUCACAAAUGAUUUUGAGAUGCAAGUCUUACUAUUUCUGCUAUUUCUGGCAAUCUAUCUCUUUACACUGAUAGGCAAUUUGGGUCUCGUAGUGUUGGUCAUUGGAGAUUCUCGACUUCACAACCCCAUGUACUAUUUUCUCAGUGUUUUGUCAUUUUUGGAUGCAUGCUAUUCUACAGUUGUCACCCCCAAAAUGUUGGUCAACUUCCUGUCAGAGAAUAAAACUAUUUCAUUUUAUGGCUGCGCAGCACAGAUGCUGCUCUUUGUGUCUUUGGGGAGCACAGAAUGCUUUCUCCUGGCGGCAAUGGCAUAUGAUCGCUACGAAGCCAUCUAUAACCCUCUCCUGUAUUCAGUGAGCAUGUCACCCAGAGUCUAUGUGUCACUCAUUAUUGCUUCUUACGUUGCUGGUGUCAUGCAUGCUUCAGUACAUACAGUGGCCACCUUUAGCCUAUCCUACUGUGCAUCUAAUGAAAUAAGACAUGUCUUUUGUGACAUCCCUCCACUCCUUGCUAUUUCUUGUUCUGAUACUCAUGCGAACCAGCUUUUACUCUUCUACCUUGUGGGAGCAGUUGAGGUGGUUACCAUCUUGAUUGUUUUAAUCUCCUAUGCUUUCAUCUUGUUGGCAAUUCUGAGAAUGCGUUCUGCUGAAGGAAGACGAAAAGUCUUUUCCACCUGUGGAUCUCACCUCACCGGAGUGUCGAUUUAUCAUGGGACCAUUCUUUUCACAUAUGUGAGACCCAGUUCAGGCAAUGCUUCUGUUCAUGACAUGGUAGUGUCAGUAUUUUAUACUAUUGUGAUCCCCAUGUUAAAUCCUAUUAUCUACAGUUUAAGAAACAAAGAUGUCAAAGAAGCCAUGAAAAAAUUGCUGAGGGACAUAGGUUUAUAA